AGUCAAAGUUCAGCCAUGAAUUAUAAACGUCCGUUUCUUUCGUUACCAGUUUUUUUACUUAGCAGUGUUUUCUAUUUUGGAAAUUUGUUUCCAAUAACGGUGUCAUUAGCAAACCAUGCCACUCAUUUGAAAACCCAAAGAUAUAACAAUAUCACUCACACAAUUUCUGGGCGGAAUCUUAGUAACACGCCAUUGGUAGGAAAUGAAAUAAGCAUGGAAGAUUACUCACAAUAUCCACCAGUUGAUUUCGACCUGGCAGAAGCAGAUAAAAACGACGUAAUCUACAAAUUAUUCCGAGAUUCGACUGCCGAUUAUAAAAUCCUAACCGAAGGGAACGUGGCAAAUGAAAGUCUGGAUAAAACCAUACCCACGGUUUUGUUGAUACACGGAUGGACAACGGACGACACCUCACCAUGGUUCGCACCGAUUAGAGAAGAAUACUUCAAACUAGGUCCUCAUAAUGUUUUUUACAUAAACUGGUCCGUGGCAGGAAACAAGUCGUACGAGGUUUCAAGUGCGAAUGUGAAGCCAGUGGGAAAAUUCAUUGCUGAGUUCCUAAUAGCAUCUGAAGUUCCACAGCAACGGAUUCAUAUUAUAGGUCAUUCCCUUGGUUCGCAACUAGCAGGUUUCAUAGGAAAAUCUAUGUUCCAGUUAACUGGCAAAAAGAUUGGGCGGAUUACAGCACUGGAUCCAGCUGGUCCUAAAUUCGGACGCCCUGAAAUGACAGACGAUGAAAAAAUGUGUGAGAAAGAUGCUGAAUUUGUUGACGUUGUACAUACAGAUAUCCAGCAUUAUGGAUACACGGAACCUAUUGGACACGUAGAUUUCUAUCCAAAUGGAGGUCAGCAUCAACCAGGCUGUCCACCUCUAAAAGAAGAUGACAACUGCAGCCACGCAAGAUCCACGUUGUUUUUCAUUGAAUCGUUAUGGAAAAAAACCGAAGCAGUAGAGGCCAAUUUCACCAAAGAAGGGUCCAAAAUUACAAUAUCCAAAAAAGAAAAUGGAAAAGUAAUUACAUUUGGGCAACACGUGGAUUGGAAUUCUAGGGGAGUUUAUUAUUUCAACACCAAUCCCCAGCAACCUUUCCUGAUAUAACAUGCAGUAUUUGUGAUUGUAUUAUAGUCCUGAUACAACUUCAAAAAAUGUAAUUGUGAAAAUUGUAUUGGUGUGUCCUUCCUAUCUUCCAGACACGACUUUGAACUUUGCUUUGUUUCUUCAAUAUUUGAUUCAAUAAAUAAUAUUUCUCAACUCGAA